AUGUUCAAUCUCAUCCUGGAUUUCCAAUAUCCAUACUUUCCUGCAUCAAGUAUCACCUUUGACCUUCCCAUGAAGUCCAGCCGCUUCCAAGCAGCCAAGGUCCUCUAUUUAUCCUCAAUAGACGAACCGCCAAACCCUACAAGGUUGUGUCUUGGUGAUUACUCCAAAUCUCCAAAGGAAUAUUUCCUUUCCUUAUUUUUCUCUAAGAAUAGGAAAUAUCCCUUUUGUCUUGAUAAUUCCAAAUCUCCUCAUCCAGCUCAGCUACCGCCUCUUCUGGAUUCGUCCUUAACCGCUACAAGCUCGCAUCCAGCUCAGCAUCAAUCCUUUAGCUCCGUUAAGCUCCGCUUAGCUCCGCUACAAGUCCGUCCAUACGUCCUGAUGCACUUCCUGACUGAUUCACGAUCUGCGUCAACCAGCUGCAUCUUCACUAAAGUUCACAGUAUGAGUAUGCGUAAGAAACCGAAGAACCGUUCUCCAGAUGCUACUUGCGGGCCAAAUCUUGUGUAUAAGAGACCAUUUGCUGAAGAGUUCAUGAAGUUUUGUCUUGAAAGAUUCGAAGUUGGGGUUUGGUCUUCUGCUCGGGAGAGUAAUGUCGAUGCAAUUUCUAACAUUGUUCUUGAAGAUCUGAAAGAUGAGCUUCUGUUUGUGUGGGAUCAAAAACAGAGUACCAACAGUGGAUGUAAGACACAAGACAACAGUGCUAGGCCUAUAUUCUUCAAGGAUGUCUCUAAAGUGUUUCAGAGCUUCAAAAAGUUUUCUGCUUCGAACACUAUAUUCAUUGAUCAUGAACCGUACAAAGCUUUUCUUAAUCCGGAGAUUGCAGGAGUGUUUCCAGUGAGUUAUGAUCCUUCAGACAAGAACGAUGAUUUUCUUGAUCCAGAAGGAGAGUUUUGCUCAUACUUGGAUGAUUUGGCGAAUCGGAUGUGCAAGGUUAUAUAA